AUGGGUCAGCCUAAUCAAACUAUACCUACUGAAUAUGUCAUGAAUGAAGUUGGUUCAACAGCAACAACUGAAGUUGUUGGAGCAGAAUUAGUUAAUACCCAACUUACAAAGAAGAGGAAAGCUAGUGCAAGUGGUUCUAGGCAAUCAUCUGCUUGUUGGGAGCACUUUAUUAGAUUACCAGAUGACUUAGUUGAUACACCAACUGCAGCUUGUAAACACUGCCACAAAAAAUACCUAUGUGACCCUAGGACUCAUGGCACCACCAACAUGAACCAUCACAUUCUAAAAUGUGCAAAGAAGCCUAGAACCAUUGAUCCCACCCAAACUAUUCUGACAUACCCCUCUGCAGAAGGAUCUAGUUUGGGUCAUGUUAGCUCCAAAUUUGACAAGCAAGCUUGUAGAAAAGCUUUGUCAAUUUUUGUGGUUCUAGAUGAACAACCAUUUAGUGCAGUUGAGGGGGAAGGUUUUAAGUACUAUUCUAAAGUAAUGCAGCCCCAGUUUACUCUCCCAUCUAGGCGUACAGUAGCUAGAGACUGUUUUCAGCUACACUUGGAUGAGAAACAAAAACUAAAAGCCUUCUUUAAGUCUGACUGCAAUAGAGUAGCACUUACUACUGAUUGUUGGACUUCUAUCCAAAAUCAAAACUACUUAACCCUUACGGCACACUUUGUGGAUAACGAAUGGAACUAUCAAAAGAGAAUUAUAAGCUUCACAGUUAUUCCAAACCACAAGGGUGAUACGGUAGGUAGGAAGAUUGAAGAGGUGUUAAGGGAUUGGGGAAUUAGGAAUGUGUCUACCAUAACUGUUGAUAAUGCAACUUCAAAUGAUGUAGCUGUAGCAUAUUUGCAUAGAAAAAUAUCAACUAUGAAUGGGAUGAUGGGGGAUGGAAAAUGUUUUCAUAUGAGGUGCGCUGCUCACAUAUUGAAUUUGGUGGUAAAUGAGGGCUUGAAAGAUAAACAUUUGUCUAUUACUAGUGUUAGGGAUGCUGUUAGAUUUGUCAAGUCCUCACCUCAUAGGGCAGCCAAGUUUAAAGAGUGCAUUGAAUUUGCUGGAAUAACUUGUAAAAAACUAGUAUGUCUUGAUGUUUCAACUCGUUGGAACGCGACAUAUUUGAUGCUUGAGGCUGCAGAGAAAUUUCAAGCUGCUUUUGAUAAGCUUGAGUAUGAAGAGUCGAGCUACAGGGAGUUCUUUGGAAAAGGUAGUCCUCCUAGUAGUGAUGAUUGGGACAUUGUUAGAGCUUUCAUCUCUUUUUUAAAGUUAUUCUAUGAAGCAACUAAUGUUUUUUCCACCUCUCAAAGUGUGAGUUUGCAUAGUGCUUUUCACCAAGUGUCUGCGAUCUAUUGUGAGUUGAAGCAAGCUACUAUGAACUUGAAUGGUGUUUUUGCAAGUGUGGGUGGGGACAUGAUGGAAAAGUAUAAUAGAUAUUGGGGGUGUGCUACUAAGAUGAACAAGUUGAUUUAUUUUGGAAUCAUUUUGGAUCCAAGAUACAAGUUGAGUUAUAUUGAGUGGACUUUUAAGGAUAUGUAUGGAGUCGGAUCUGUGUUUGCUACCGGGUUGAUGAAAUCUAUAAAAGAGAGCUUACAAAAAUUGUAUGAUUGGUAUAAGCAAGCUUAUGACCAAAAUCAUAGUAGACAACCUCUUGGUAAUGGUGAAAACAAUGUUUCCAAUGAUGAAACAACAGCUGGCCGUCCUUCACUAAUGGCUAGAGCCGAUGCUUUUGAGCAACAUUUAGAGGAACAAGACUCGAUUGAUCAACAAAAUGAGCUUGAGGGUUUUUACUCUAGUAAUGUCUACGGUUGCAUCAGAAAGUGCCUUUAG